AUGUUCUCCUCGGCCUUUAAGUCCAUUUCUGCCACCAACAUCACCGGCAAUUACUCCAUCUCCUCAGCACCGACUUCGACGGCUGGUCCCUGGAAGAUCUUCGAUGCAAAAAAGAAAUCAACCGGAAAACCCUACAGUGUCUUUGUUUUUGACAGGAAGUCAUUGGACAGCCAUGGCAACUCGUUGGGCCGCUCUGGCGCAGCCUCCUUCAAAAAGACCGUUGAGGAAGUUGUUGAACGACUAAAGAAGGAAGCCUCAAGUCUUGCGAAACUACGACAUCCCAGCAUUCUGGAGCUGGUCGAACCGGUGGAAGAGACGAGAGGUGGAGGCUUGCAAUUCGUCACGGAAUCCGUCACAGCUUCACUGUCCAGUCUGCUGCAGGAUAAGGAUGAACAGGAACGAGCUGGAGGACCGGGUGGAAGGUCGAGUCGAUACGUGACUGAGGAUGCGGAUGGAACCAAGAGACGAAGAGAGUUGGAGAUUGACGAAUUGGAAAUUCAAAAGGGUCUGCUUCAAGUCAGCAAAGCGCUCGAAUUCUUGCAUGAGAAUGCAGGUAUCGUGCACGGAAACCUCACGCCUGAUUCGUCUGACUGGAAAAUCAGUGGAUUAGCUUUUGCUAGCCCCCCUGAAGGAUCUGACAAGCCGACAUCUAUCCAAGGGAUCAACUUAUAUGAAGUCCUCAACAUGGACCCUCGACUACCCAAGGCGGUACAGCUCAAUCUCGAUUAUACCUCUCCUGAUUUUGUAGUCGACAACAACCUAAACUCAUCUGCUGAUAUGUUCUCUCUUGGACUCAUGGCAGUAGCUUUGUACAACUCACCUCACAAAUCUCCUUUAGAAAGUCACGGCAGUUUGUCUACAUACAAGCGAUUGUUUUCGAAUUCUUCCAGCGUUCCAUCUGCCACCAACAACUAUCUUUCUUCACGCCCUCUUCCCAGGGAACUCUCGCAUGAUGUCCUGCCCAGACUAAUUACAAGGCGGCCUGCUCAACGAAUGACGGCGCGCGAGUUUCAGCAAAGCGAGUAUUUCGACAACAUUCUGGUGUCAACCAUCAGAUUCUUGGAUUCAUUCCCUGCCAAAACUGCGAAUGAAAAGGCUUCUUUCAUGCGAGGUCUCAACAAGGUUUUGCCCUCGUUCCCCAAGUCAGUGAUGGAGAAGAAGAUUCUACCAGCACUGAUAGAAGAGCUUAAGGAUCGGGAUCUUCUAUCACUUAUUCUCCAAAACGUUUUCAAGAUCCUCGACCUCCUGCCAUCAGCCAAAAGAGCAUUCAGCGAAAAGGUUCGGCCGUCUUUGAGGGAGAUUUUUGUCGUCAACGCCAAGCAAACACAAGAGAAAGACCCUUCUAGAGACGCUGGUCUCAUGGUUGUUCUCGAGCACAUUUCCUCUGUCUCUAAUAAUUGCUCUGGAAAGGAGUUUAAAGAUGAUAUGCUCCCUGUCAUAAUAGCAGCAAUCGAAUGCCCAACACACUCAAUCGUUGAUGCCGCUCUUCGUAGCUUGCCAGUCGUCCUGCCGGUUCUUGACUUUAGCACGAUCAAGAACGAGUUGUUCCCAGUAAUCGCAACUGUUUUUAGCAAGACAAACAGUCUUGCGAUCAAGGUUCGUGGUCUGCGAGCAUUUGUGAUACUUUGCGGUGGAAGGAAUGAUAACGGCGAGGACGACGGACUCAACGGACUUGAGAAUAAGAAGACGUCUUCAUCAAGCGCCCUGGACAAAUACACCAUGCAGGAAAAGAUCGUCCCGCUGAUCCGGGUCAUCAAGACAAAGGAGCCCGCUGUUAUGAUGGCAGCUUUGAACGUAAUGAAGGUUGUUGGGUCGGUCGCCGACGCUGAUUUCGUGGCAAUGGAAAUCCUGCCUAUUCUCUGGAGUAUGAGCUUAGGGCCGCUACUCGACUUGAAGCAGUUCCAAAGUUUCAUGGAACUCAUCAAGAACUUGUCUCGAAGGGUUGAAGAUGAGCAAACGCGAAAGCUGCAAGAGCUUGGCGGUAACUCGAACGGUAAUGCCGCACCAGUUGAGGAUUUCAUGGCAUUUGGCGGAGUUACUGGUACUACAUUUGAUCAGAGCAACGGAGCUACAGAGGACGAUUUCGAGAACCUCGUUAAGGGUCGUAUGGCAAGUCCUAGGUCGAGCACAGCAACUCCCAGCUGGGAUGACCCGGCAAAAUCGAAAUCGAGUACGCCAGCACCAACGUUCUCCUGGUCUACGCCUCCUCCACCUGCAAGCAACACUAUACCAAAGCUCGUACCUCAAAAGGCACCGUCUUACAGGACUGUGACACCAGAUCUCGGUCGUUUCGAGGCUCUCACACCGUCGUCUACGCAGUUCAGUCAACCAAUGCAGCCUACACCGAGUCAGGCUUUUCAACCACCAGCGCAAUCACAGCCGAUGCAGUCAAUGCAAUCAAUGCAGCCUAUGGCACCUCAGAAGCCCUUGUCUACGUCCACCUCCGGAACUUCCAUCAACUGGUCGGCUGCUACUCAAGCUACGUCAAGUCCGUGGGGAGGCUCCUCUGGAUUCGGAGCCAGUGCGUCUACAGGCAACAUGGGCGCCUCAAUGGCCAGCAUGUCACUGAACUCGAACUCGCGACAGCCGUCCUUUACACUUCCUCCGCCGCCAGGCAACACUUCUACUCCUCCUGCCUCUUCGUUCACAAUGCCCCCGCCGCCGGCGACAAACUGGGGUGGUAUGAGCUCUACGAGCAACCCAACGCCCAACACGUCACAGAACAACACAGGGCAAAAGUCCGGAUUAGAUAAAUAUGAGAGUUUGAUUUAA